CAGCAUUUGUGCAAUUCAUCUACUCUGUCGCUUAGACGUAGAAGAGUAUUUUUUUCUGUUUGUCCAUUGUUUUUGCCCGUUAUUUGCUCGUUUCCCUUUUUUUAGAUUUAGAUCCCCCCCUUUCGCCGUUCGUUUCCUUGCGCACUGCUGUGACCGGCCAAUCUCGAGGUGACGAGACUGGUAGAAGUGUGUAUGAGUUUCAAAACCCGAUUUUUUCGCCUACUCCUCUGUUUCCUCUUCUUUCGUCCGUCUCCUUCAGUUCUAUUCCUUCGAUUUUUCCUCUGUCCGCCUGCUUCCCUAGAGCCUCGUCGUCGCCCCCCCCCCCGUGUAUUCGGCACUGAAAGAGCUUUCCUGUCUCCCUUUUCCAUUGUUUCUUCCGUUUCGAACUUGCCUUAUUUUCUGUCCUUGUGUUCUUUACUACUCACGUUGCUUCUCCCUUCCCCGUGUUUGCGGCACCACACCUCUGCACGCGCGCAGAACCCUCGUCUCUCUGUCUUCUCUGAGCGGAUAUCGACACCUGUACUUGCUGUCUCUUAUUAUCUCUUCCUCCUUCGAGCUCAAGAGCCCCUCCCUCCUCGCGUUCCUCUCUUCUCUUCUGUCGGACAUCGUUUUCGUCAGUUCUCUUCUUGCCUGCAGGUGUGCGUGCGUCUGCCUGCUGUCCUUUUCGUUUUCUCUCCUUCAUGAAGCAUCGUCGGAGCAAAACUCGGCAAUCCGCAUUUCUCUAUAGCUGGGGAGACCGACUGUGUUUCAACAGCGGUGAACCCUCCCGUUUCCUUCAUUGCGUAGGACAUGCAUACUCAUCAGACGAAGCCCCGACCUCUCGCUUUCCUGUGAAGCACUGAAAGAUGUUUGCUGCUCACACAUCGGUGGCAACGCAGAUACAGCCGCAACAGGCUGCAGCUGGGAUACUUCCCUAUGGAGACUGUCUUCUUCUCCUUGCCCUGAAAGAGGCCCUCCACAGACUCUCCACUCAAGCAUUCAUUCGCCAUGACGUUGCACAGACAAUUGCACAAGUGGCUCAACAGGAGCUGAUUGCACUUCUGGUUAGGUCGGCGCCUUCGCUACCCUCGAUUUGCUUGACGGGGCGUCUUCUGCUGUAUCGACACCGUCAACAGCACUGGCUCCUCGUUCUACAGUCUGUGCGUGGGGCGACCCUUUCGCCUGCUUCGCUUUCAACGCAGUCAGCAAGUGGGUCGUCCUCGACUCCUGCAGACAUUUCUGCGAAAACAAGACAAAGAGGCGAGGUCGUUAUGGCCUACCUGAGGCGCUUCUUGCCGAAAGAUAAAAGGGAAGGAAUUCGGGCUUUGCAGGGAGGCGCGGUGGUCAAGUAUAAUCUUCCAGGCUUCACGCCGUCUCACAGACAAACUGUGCCAGAGGCUCCUGUCGAGGACAAGAAAGAAUCAGUUUGUUCUCAAGAAGGAUCUUCGUCGUGCUCCGUCGGAGGGAAGGAGUCGAUGCAGGAGACAACCGCAGCUGCGACUGGAGCUGGCACAGAGCCUCUCACGUGUGGACCCCUGACUUCGUCUUCGGCGACUCGUGCUGCGGCACCGAGCUCUGAGGCGCCGCCAACUGAACCAGCGCUUGAUGGGGUGACCUAUUUUACCCACGACGGAGUGCUCCGCGCCUCAGUUCCUUUCAGUAGCUUGCCCCAAAUUAGUGCUGUCGUUUCUGCGGCUCUAGCUGCGACGGGUGGCGGCAGCGCUCAGACCCAGGAAGGCAAAAAGCGGAAAGUUUGACUCGUCCUGCGGCCUAACGCAGCAUCUGAAACACUUGUUAAGGUGACCUGAGCUCUCUAGCCCGUGGUAUUGACUGGCGCAUUCUUCGGUUUAUGUGUAAAAACACAUGCAUUUACUUAUCUAAGAAGGCGUAUGUACGUCCUCGAACUUCAUCAAGAGAGGUAUCGCCCUAAUGGCGCGUGUCGCUUUUUCUCCGUCUGGAGCAGGUGACGUUUCUAAACAGCCCUAGGGAUGAGUUCGGGCCAACGUAGGCGUUUUUGCUGUACGUUGUGACAACACUGAAAGGCGAGUUUCGGAAACUGUCAUUUCAAGCGGUGCAUGACGUGGACAAAGCGUAUCCCGAACACUUGUUUUUUUCUGUUCAUUUGUUUGCUCC